ACAAAAAAUAAGUAGCGGAUCCAUUUCUCUUCGUCGACGAACGAGCAUUCCACACUCCGUCGGACGCCGUCCACCGCUGUCAGCCCCUGUGUGGUUGUUCUCGGGCAAGCAGUGAAGGAGGUUCGAACCCUAGGGCCUUUUCUACUCCCAAAAUCCGGAGAAUUUGUGUUCCUUGCAGAAAAUGAGUAGCCUGGUUGAGAGGCUUCGUGUGAGAUCAGAUCGCAAGCCAGUUUAUAAUAUAGAUGAGUCAGAUGAUGAUGCUGACUUUUUGCUUGGGAAACCCGGGAGAUUUGAGGAAACGUUUGAGAGGAUAGUUAGAAGUGAUGCUAAAGAGAAUUCAUGCCAAGCCUGUGGGGAAAGUGAAGAUCUUCUUAGCUGUGAAACAUGUACUUAUGCUUUUCAUCCUAAGUGCUUACUUCGACCACUUAGAGCUCCACUUCCGGAUAGUUGGAGAUGCCCUGAAUGUGUUAGCCCAUUAAAUGAUAUUGAAAAGAUAUUAGAUUGUGAGAUGCGCCCAACUGUAGCAGGUGAUGAUGGCGAGGCCUUGAAACCGGGCUUAAAGCAAAUUUUUGUCAAACAAUAUCUUGUUAAGUGGAAGGGACUUUCAUAUCUGCACUGCACGUGGGUUUCAGAGAAAGAGUUUUUGAAAGCUUUCAAGUCACAUCCUCGUUUGAAGACCAAAGUGAACAACUUCCACCGUCAAAUGGCAUCUACAAAUACUUCUGAGGAAGAUUUUGUUGCCAUUCGACCUGAAUGGACAAUGGUUGAUCGUAUACUUGCUUGCAGGGGUCAUGAUGAUGAGAAGGAAUAUCUUGUGAAAUGGAAAGAGCUUUCGUAUGAUGAAUGCUAUUGGGAGUCCGAGUCUGAUAUUUCUGCAUUUCAGCCAGAAAUAGAAAGAUUUACAAAAUUUCACUCUAGGUCUAGGAGAAGUGCUUCUAGUAAGCAGAAAAGCAGUAUUAAGGAUGGUGCUGAAGAAAAAAAGCAGCAGAAAGAAUUUCAACACUACGAACAUAGCCCUGGCUUUCUUUCAGGAGGUACCCUACAUCCAUAUCAGCUUGAAGGCUUGAACUUCUUACGUUUCUCUUGGUCUAAGCAAACUCAUGUUAUACUUGCUGAUGAAAUGGGGCUCGGCAAAACCAUACAAAGUAUUGCUUUUUUAGCAUCUCUUUUUGAAGAGAGAGUGUUUCCCCAUCUAGUGGUUGCUCCACUGUCAACUCUCCGAAACUGGGAACGUGAAUUCGCAACAUGGGCGCCUCAAAUGAAUGUUGUUAUGUAUGUUGGAUCUGCCCAAGCUCGAGCUGUCAUAAGAGAGUAUGAAUUUUACUUUCCCAAGAAACAGAAGAAGAUCAAGAAAAAGAAAUCUGGCAAAAUAGUCAGUGAAAGCAAGCAAGAUAGGAUCAAAUUUGAUGUCCUUUUGACAUCAUAUGAAAUGAUCAACUUUGACUCAUUAUCCCUGAAGUCUAUAAUGUGGGAAUGCAUUAUAGUUGAUGAAGGUCAUCGACUUAAAAACAAAGAUUCAAAAUUAUUUUCUUCAUUGAAGCAAUAUUCAAGCAGACAUCGUGUACUUUUGACAGGGACUCCUCUUCAGAACAAUUUGGAUGAACUUUUCAUGCUAAUGCACUUCCUUGAUGCUGGGAAGUUUGGAAGCUUAGAGGAGUUCCAGGAGGAGUUUAGAGAUAUUAAUCAGGAGGAGCAGAUAUCAAGGCUUCACAAAAUGUUGGCUCCACACCUCCUCCGAAGAGUGAAGAAAGAUGUGAUGAAGGAGUUACCUCCAAAAAAGGAACUUAUUUUAAGAGUUGAGUUAAGCAGCAAACAGAAGGAGUAUUAUAAGGCAAUUUUGACACGUAAUUAUCAAAUAUUAACUCGACGUGGUGGUGCACAGAUUUCUCUUAUCAACGUUGUUAUGGAAUUACGCAAACUAUGCUGUCAUCCUUACAUGUUAGAAGGAGUUGAGCCAGAUAUUGAAGACCCAAAAGAAUCGUAUAAACAGCUUCUGGAAUCAUCAGGAAAGUUGCAAUUGUUGGACAAGAUGAUGGUGAAGCUUAAAGAGCAAGGACAUAGAGUCCUCAUAUAUUCACAAUUUCAGCACAUGCUGGACCUGCUAGAAGAUUACUGUUCGUACAAGAAUUGGCAGUAUGAAAGGAUAGAUGGCAAGGUUGCUGGAGCGGAAAGACAGGUUAGGAUAGAUCGCUUUAAUGCCAAAAAUUCCUCGAGAUUUUGCUUUCUUCUUUCUACCAGAGCUGGAGGACUGGGAAUAAACCUUGCAACUGCUGACACAGUUAUUAUAUAUGACAGUGAUUGGAAUCCUCAUGCUGAUCUACAAGCUAUGGCUAGAGCUCAUCGACUUGGGCAAACUAACAAGGUGUUGAUUUAUAGGCUUAUAACACGAGGAACCAUUGAAGAGAGGAUGAUGCAAAUGACUAAGAAGAAAAUGGUGUUAGAACACUUGGUUGUUGGAAGGCUAAAGGCUCAAAACAUUAAUCAGGAAGAGUUGGAUGAUAUCAUUAGGUAUGGGUCAAAGGAGUUAUUUGCUGAUGAGAAUGAUGAAGCUGGCAAAUCCCGCCAAAUCCAUUAUGAUGAUUCUUCAAUAGAUAGAUUGUUGGAUCGUGAGCAAGUUGGAGUUGAAGAGGCUAUCUUGGAUGAUGAAGAUGAUGAUGGAUUUCUGAAGGCUUUUAAGGUGGCAAAUUUUGAAUAUAUUGAUGAAGAGGCUGCAGCAGAGGAGGCAAGGAAAAAAGAAAUGGAAAGUAAAAAUACUGUUAACAAUUCAGAUAGAGCAAAUUACUGGGAGGAUUUGUUGAGAGACAGAUAUGAAGAGCAUAAAACUGAAGAGUUAAGUUCCUUGGGCAAGGGCAAGCGAAACCGCAAGCUGAUGGCUUCUGUUGAGGAGGAUGAUCUCGCUGGUCUAGAAGAUGUAAGCUCUGAUGGUGAAGAUGACAACUACGAAGCAGAUCUUACUGAUGGUGAUUCAAAUUCAACUGGAACUUCUUCGGGUAGAAGGCCUUACAGAAAGAAAGCCCGUGCAGAUAGUGCAGAGCCACUUCCUUUGAUGGAAGGGGAAGGAAAAUCAUUCAGAGUACUUGGUUUCAAUCAAAGCCAGAGGGCUCAAUUUGUGCAAAUUUUGAUGAGGUUUGGAGUUGGUGAUUAUGAUUGGAAGGAGUUUGCUCCCCGCUUGAAACAAAAGACAUAUGAAGAAAUCAAAGAUUAUGGAUUCCUUUUCUUGUCUCAUAUCGCUGAAGAUAUAACAGAUUCCCCUACAUUCUCAGAUGGUGUUCCAAAAGAAGGACUUAGAAUACAUGAUGUACUUGUUAGGAUUGCUGUUCUUCUCUUGAUAAGGGACAAAGUGAAGUUUGCAUCAGAAAAGGAUCCUGGAACUCUGCUUUACACAGAUGACAUCUUAUUGCGGUAUCCUGGUUUGAAGGGUGGAAAGAUAUGGAGGGAGGAGCAUGAUGUAGUGUUACUGCGUGCUGUGUUGAAGCAUGGAUACGGAAGAUGGCAAGCAAUUGUUGAUGAUAAGGAUCUAAAGAUUCAGGAGGUCAUCUGUCAGGAGUUGAAUCUUCCCGUAAUAAAUUUACCAGUACCAGGACAAGUUGGUACCCAGGUGCAAAAUGGUGCAAAUUCAACAAAUGUAGAAGCAUUGGCCAACCAAUCUGGGGAAAAUGGUGGGAAUGAUACGGUUGCUGAUGGUGCACCUGGUUCUGGUGAUGUUAGGAACCAACCACAGCUGUAUCAAGAGUCUUCAAUAUUAUAUCAUUUUAGAGACAUGCAGAGAAGACAGGUUGAAUUUGUAAAAAAGAGGGUUCUUCUGUUGGAAAAGGGGCUCUAUGCUGAGUACCAGAAAGAAUACUUUGGUGACCAUAAUACAAAUGAAGCCAUGAAUGUAGAAUUCAAAAAUGAACCAAAGGAUUCGAAUGUUCCAAGUUAUAAAUCAGGGGAGACUGACAAGCAAAUGAUUGAUCAACUGCCUCAAUUAGAAGAAAUAGCUGCUGAAGAAUUUCCCUCUGCUGCUUGCGAUAAUGACCCAAAUCGAUUGGAAUUGGUUCGACUUUACAAUGAGAUGUGCAGGGUUGCAGAGGAAAAUACCAUUGGAUUGGCUGGAGGACCAGCAGAUGGCAGCUUGAUGAAGAACUUGCCUCCCCUAGAAACUGUUUGUGAAGACAUCAAUAAAAUUCUAUCACCCACUAAGCAAGAUGAUGGCACUGCAGAAAUGCCAAUAUCGAGCCCGGGUGUCAAAUCAGAGGCUUCAUCGGAGAGUGAAGUUGUUGGCGCCAGAUUGCCCUCAAAACCUCAAGAUGACUGCAAACCUGACAAUGCAGUAAACCACGAGGGAAAAGAUGUGGUGAUAGGGCCCGACAACGGAAAAGAAAGCUACAACAGAUGGCCCUCAACUCCUCAAGAUGAAUGCAGACCUGACAAUGCAGUAAACAACGAGGGAAAAGAUCUGGUGACUGGGUCUGAUCUCGGGAAAGAAGAAAGCGGAUCAGAGACGAGGGGAGGUGAUAUAGAAAUGGUUGACGCUAGCAAUGACGCUGAGUUGGAUGAAAACAUGGAUAAAUCUGAUCCGGGGGUCGUUGUCUUGGAUGAGUAAACCAUAGUCUGUUAUAUGUUGUCAGAGUAGCAUGCUUAUUAGUUCUAUAAACUAUAGGCAAAUUUUCCUUUCGCAGCAUAUUAUGAUAUAGUGUUUUCAGAUUUUCAUCUUAGUGUAGGGAACAGGAAUGGAGACCAUACUUGUAGAUCUUCUUGUGUUCUACUUGCUAGAAUGGCUUCAUUGAAUCCUUGCUCCUCUCUUUAUGGCCUGCAUGAGUUAGCAAGGGUCUCACUGAGAUGAAUACGAUUACAUUUAGUUUCUGGAGCAAGUUAGCCUAGAGUUAUCCGGAAGUAAUGUGCGUUGAUAAAAUUACAAUUUCAAUUUUUUAUUUUUUGGGUGAAAAA